UAAAGGCAAACAUGUCAGAGAAGGUAGACCUACUUCCUCCCUCAGCAUUUGGUACAGCAGCUGGGAAUGAUGGCUGGAAAGAACUGGCUGAAGCAACAAAGGAAGUUCUUCAGCUCAAACUGGAGAACCAGAGACUCAAGGAAGCCCCAAACGUGCCUAUUAUAAUGCCAGCCCCAGUUCAGGAUAUUCGAGUAACUGAAGAACACAAACACAUUCCUGAUAUGGAUAGGCGUUACAUUGACGAGUUGCUCAUGAAACAAGCUGCAGAGAUUGGUGACCUUAAGAAAGAACUGCAGCAUGUCAAGGUCACACAUCGUGAGGAGGUCGCCAAGUUAGAACGAGAGUAUGCCAUCACUGAAAAAAAGUCCAUACAAGAAGUUGCCUCCUUGCAAGCUGAGCUUAAAGGUCAAGAGGACAGAUACAACUCACAGAUAAGUCGUCUCAGUUAUGACCAUGAAGGAGAGAAAGAAGAGAUGAAUAAGGUGAUGCGAGAACUUAAAGAUGAACUCAACACUCUUGGAAAGCGGUCAUCUACACGAGUGUCUGACCUUGAGUCACAGCUGAAGGCCAGUGAGGACAAUCUCUGUGUCACCAAAGUCACCUUGGAGAAAGAAUUACGGUCCAAAGAGUUCACUGUAGAGAAUCUACAGAGACAGAUCACUCAACUUAAGAAUUAUAUAGGGGACUCUGAGCGUACUCAUAAACCUGUAGAGGUCUGGAAGAAAGAGAAUGACACACUACGUAACAAAAUACAGAUUUGUGAAGCAGACCGUGAAAAUCUUCAGUCCAAUCUCCAGCUCCUCAACAUUCGUUUGUCUUCACUUAAUGAGAUCCUUAGCCUACAGGAAGUGGAACUCUCCCGGACAACAAAGGAGAAGAUGGAUAAAGACCAGAAGGAAAAUCUACUUACCAGGUGGCGAGAAAAAGUAUUCACUCUUCUCGUUCAACAAAAGUCUUCAGAGAUGAUGCAGAAAAAAAAUGACUACAACUGGAAAGAAAAGCUUUCUGACCUCCAGGACCAGCUGAUGUCUGUCAGUAACCAGAAGGAAGUUCUAGCUCACUCCCUGUCUGACAUCAAGGCACAGCUCGAUAUAGAAACCAACAAUAACAAGAAGCUGCAGCAGGAGGCAGAAGAGACACAGAAGGUGGCCGUCGUGCUCGAUCAGCAGCUCUCUCAGGACCGCGAGUCAAUGGACAGUCUGGUUAACUUCUCACAGAGUGUUAUCUCUGCCAUGGAUGCAAAGCUUCAACCGCUUACAGCAGCCCUAGUAACACUCCAAAGAUAUGGUCAGCGGGUCAGUUUCGCCAGUGGACGUGUUGAGAUGUUACAAGGUCUGUAUGCCCGCCGUGAUGCUCUGCUACAGAGAAAGACUGAAGAAAUGGAAAAACAGACUGGGGAGAAAGAAGGGGAGACAAUUAUAUCAGACAGUGUAACUCAUAUACAAGAGGAGCUAGAUCGUGUGACCAAGGAGCGUGACACAUUGGCAGUUCAGCUGCGACAAGACAGUCAGACCUGGGACGAGCGUGUACAGGCGGCCACAGCAACAUAUCAGGAAGAAAUUACCAGUCUGAGGAAGACUAUUGAGGACCUGGAAUAUAUCACACAGGAAAAAUCUCAGAGGAUGACAGAGCUUAGUGAAAGGUGUGAGCUGCAACAGAUAGAGCUGGAGGAGGCAUCAGAGAAGGUUGAGGCACUAAAGAUGGCACUGGCCCACCAGGAGAUUCAGUCCACACAAGCCUUGUCAGAGCAAAAAACAUCGAUGCAGACAGAAACAGCUGAAGAAUUAGCUGAUUUAAACCGCAAACUUGAUGACGCUCGACGAGAACACACAAAAGCAGUUGUUGCACUAAGACAGUUAGAACGUCAGACCAACAGAGAGAAGGAGCGGUCAGCAGAGCAUCUGGCCACUGUAGAGGCACAUUACACCAAACAUGUUGGUCAGUUACAGCAGCAACUACAGGCACUGGAGAAAGACAGGAACCUGAUGAUGGCCACUCUGAGACAAGAAGGACUCAUUGGAAAGGUCAAGGCCACAAGGUCAGAGCCAGUCACACUUGAGGCUGAGGAAUCUGUUACACAGAGGAAGUCUGUGGUCUCACCACCAACACUGGAGGGACCAGCAAAUAGAGAAACAACAGAUGAACCUCUAGAGUUGGUAUUGGAGGAUCUCAAGUCCCUGACAUCAGCUGUACUCAAGGAGGAGGCUUCUGACUCGGACGACUGAAAUCCAACAAAGUACUAAAGCAUUAUCUGUGAUAUAUACAACAUUGUAAGAAAUUUCAGUUGUACUGAAACCAUGGGACAAGAAUGCCCUUAGCACUGAAAGAUUUGUACUAGAACACCAGUGCUUGUAUCUCCAGCUGUGUUACCAGAACACCAGUGCUUGUAUCUCCAGCUGUGUUACCAGAACACCAGUGCUUGUAGCUGUGUACUUGUAUCUCCAGCUGUGUUACCAGAACACCAGUGCUUGUAGCUG